CUGUUCCAGUUCCAAGGUGGAACUCUUUGACUGUGACACAGGCAUUGUCUGGACUUGGACCAAAGUUCCACAAGUGAACAGAACUCAUUCUUGGCAAGAUGAAACUGAGGCCAAAAUGUCUCAUGCACUUCUUGUGCUUAGACAGAAUAUAUUGCUUGUUAUCUGUCAGAAAUGCUAGAGUCUUGGCAUACUACUUUUCUCUGCUUGAUGUUCAUAAGAAGAAUUCUUUGAAUAAUCUGCAGUUUUUCCACUUUCUUAAUUAUAUAACUGAUCUAACUAAGACUCAGAUCAUGCUGGUGUUUGACUUGCUGGACUGGGAUGGCUCAGGAGAGAUCAACUUUGAUGAAUUCUACAUGUUGGUGUGCAUCAUAAUGUCUCAUGAGAAUCACGUUGAAAAGCAGUUCAUGUAUCGCCACUGUCAUGCUGUUUUUGAGUUGCUGGACAUUGACGGGGGCCACACGGUGGGCCCUGCAGAAUUCCAAGCCACUCGUUUCCUAUUCAAUAUUAAGAAGAGCGAGCUGAGCCAAAUAUUCAAGGAUUUUGACAUCUCUGGCGAUGAGCAACUGAACUACAAAGAAUUCAGGAUGUUUACGAUCUUCUGCAUUGACAGACAACAAAGGAAGGCAAGGGAAAAGCUGAAGAGGCAGAUGUCUAAGGGUGAAACUGAGGAGGGUACCCUUAGAGAUGAAGAGACUGGAGGUUAAUUAUAUGCAGAAGAAAACAGCAGCACCCCUCUUGUAGCCAGAAAAUUAAAUCAUAAAAGGGGGAAAAGACAGCCAAUAAAGAGGAUUUUAAUUAAAAACAUUCCAACUGAAGUUCCUGAAUGAUAUCACA